AUGCCUUAUCACCGAGCUCUAUUCCUCCCGAGGGUUUCGGGAGGACGGCGCGGCGGCGACCGCGAGCGCGCAGCGGAGAGAUCGUACGACGACGGGGGGUACUCGAACGGGAGAAGCAGUAGCGCGAGAGGAGGCGGGAGAAGCGGGAGCGGUGGUAACCACGGCAGGGAAAGUAGGAGUGAUUACGAUAAUCCGGACAACCGGUAUGGGGGUGGAGGUAAUUCCAGGUAUUCAGCUUCCCGCGGUGACGAAAGAAAUGGCUAUGGUUACCCCAACUCCGCCCCGUCGUCUUUCACCUCGCCUGGUCGCGAUCGACCCACAGCGAACGGCAGGGGGCAGUCGCUCACGAGGGAUGGGCGACCGGUUCGCGACCCUCGCGACGCGCAGGCGAUUCUUCUGCGACACGGCAUGGAGCUGGACGAGGAGGUGCGCGAGUUGCGGCGCCAGCGGCAGCAGCGGUACGAGCAGAGCCAACGAGAUCGGAGUUCGUUUCGCAGCAAUGAUUCUCGAGAGCAGCGCGAUUCGCCAGCCGCCGCGAGACGGUCCUUUUCAUCACCACCGUCCGUCUCUACCCGAGAUUCGUCUCCGCGAAUGGCGCCCGACUCGCGCUCCUCUCCCCGCGCUUCCCCCGCUCCCCCCCCGCUAGACAAAGUGUACCCGCCUCCACCCGUCAACGAGCGUCCGUGGUCCGCGGGCGACGCGGCGGCGGCGCGGCAGGCGGAAAAGGAGGCGGAGAAGCUGGCGCAGCAGGAGGCGCGCCUGCAGCGGGAGCUGGCGCGGGAGGUGGCGGAGCGACAGGCGGAACGCCUUGCGGCACAGAAGGAGAACCAGCGGCGGCAGAAGGAGCAGACGGAACAGCUUCGCGCGGAGGCGCGGGGAGAUGCGCGGGAGGGGGAGCGGAGCAAGGGGAAGCGGAGCAAAGGGAUGUGGGGAAGAAUGGAGUGGAAGAGGGCGCAGGAGAGGGUGCGGGAGAGGCCGAAGGCGUUGGUAGGUCGCAGCCUGGAGGAGAUGGAGCAACUCGCCAUGGCGCUGGGGGAGCAAAAGUACCGCGGGCGGCAGCUGCACCAGUUCGUGUAUGGCAACAAGGGAUGCGAGCUCAGCGAGCUGAAGCAGCUAUCGCUUGCGUUCCGAGAGCGCUUGGCGGAGAGAGGGGUGGUGGUGGGGCGGCCCCCCGUGCACCACGUCGCCGCUGCUGCUGAUGGCACCGCUAAGCUGCUGCUGCGGCUAACGGACAACAGGCUGGUGGAGACAGUGGGAAUCCCCAUGGAGGGCAGUCGCAAGGGCGCUCACCACCUCACCGCCUGCAUCUCCUCGCAGGUGGGGUGCCCUCUGCGCUGCUCCUUCUGCGCGACGGGCAAGGGCGGGUUUGCGCGCAACUUGAAGCCCCACGAGAUAGUGGCGCAGGUGCUGGCGGUGGAGGCGCUGUUCCAGCACCGUGUGACCAACAUCGUCUUCAUGGGCAUGGGCGAGCCGCUGCUCAACCUCCCUGCUGUGCUGCGCGCGCAUAAGUGCCUCAACCAGGACGUGGGCAUAGGGCAGCGCAACAUCACCAUAUCCACCGUGGGUGUGCCCAACGCCAUUGCUCGCCUCGCGCAGCACAAGCUGCAGUCCACGCUCGCUGUCAGUCUGCACGCGCCGAACCAGCAGCUGAGGGAGGCGUUGGUGCCGUCAGCCAAGGCGUACCCCAUAGAGGCGCUGCUGGCGGACUGCCGGGGCUACUUCAACACCACUGGCCGCCGCGUCUCCUUUGAAUACACUCUGCUCGCGGGGGUGAACGACCAGGUGGAGCAUGCGCGGGAGCUGGCAUCGCUGCUGAGGCGCCAUGGUGUGGCGCACCAUUAA